AUGGCUUCAUCGUCGUCUUCAACUUGUUGGAUAUAUGAUGUCUUUUUGAGCUUUCGAGGUUUAGAUGUUCGAAGAAGUUUUGUUAGCCAUCUCCACAAUACUUUGGAUCAGAAAGGAAUAUACACCUUCAAAGAUGACAAAGAGCUACAAAAAGGACAACAUAUUAGCCCUGAUAUCCUACAAGCAAUUACAGAUUCAAGGUUCUCCAUUGUUAUAUUCUCAGAAAAUUAUGCUAAUUCUGAAUGGUGCUUGGAUGAGCUUGUGCAGUGCCUAGAGUGCAUGGAAGCAAAGGGACAAACCGUUUUGCCUAUUUUCUACGAGAUAGAUCCGUCUAUUUUGAAUUCGCAAACAGGAAGCUACGCUGAAGCUUUAGCAAAAUAUGAAGAGGGUUUCAAAGGCAAUGAAACGAACAUGAAGAAACUGGAGGAGUGGAAAUCAACUCUACAGAAGGCAGAGAACAUUGUGGGGUGGGACUCUCGUAACUGGGAAGAAACAGAGCUUAUCAGGGAUAUCAUUCAAGUAAUUGCAAAACAACUGCCACAUUGUGUCUCAAGCGGAGGCGAAAACUUGGUUGGAAUUGAUUCAAAUAUAAAAGAAAUCAUGCCGCUACUAUGUCUUGAAGUUCCUAAGGUUCACUUUAUAGGAAUUUGGGGCAUGGGCGGCAUAGGUAAAACAACUAUUGCCAAGGUUAUCUAUGACCAACUCUAUAGUAAGUUUUCGGGCUGUUGCUUUCUGGAAAAUGUUAAAGAGAGUUGGAGUAGAUAUCCUUCUCCAGGUCCUUUACAACACGAACUUCUUUGCCAAAUCCUACAGGAAGGCAACCUAAGUAAAGGGCCUUCAGGUGCUAGUUCUGGCGAGAUCAAGAGAAAGCUCUGGCGGAAAAAGGUGCUAAUUGUUCUUGAUGAUGUGAAUCAUCAAGACCAACUUAAUGCCUUAGCAGAAAAGCAUGAUUGGUUCGGGCUAGGAAGCAGAGUAAUCAUUACAACUAGAAACAAACACCUGCUAACUUUACAUGGAGUUAAUGGCAUACAUGAGGUUAAAACAUUGAAUAAUGAAAAUGCUCUUAAGCUUUUCAGUAACUUUGCCUUCAAGAAAAUCCAACCACUAGAAGAAUUUAUGGAUCUUUCACGUUCUGCAAUAAAGUAUGCUAAAGGCCUACCGUUAGCACUUAAAGUUUUGGGUUCAUUUCUUUUUAGUCGAGGAAAACCUCAAUGGGAAGAAAAACUAGAAGAAUGGAAAUCAACUCCAGAUAUGGAAAUUCUAGACAUUCUUCGAGUAAGUUAUGAUGGGUUACAACAAAAUCAGAAGGAUAUAUUUCUUGAUAUUGCAUGUUUCUAUAAAGGAGAAGACAAAGGGUAUGUAACAAAAUUACUUCACAGUUGUGGCCUCUUUCCAAUUGCAGGAUUAGAAGUUCUCAUAGAAAAAUGCUUUAUAAGCAUUUUUGGUGGCAAGAUUCAGAUGCAUGAUUUACUACAAGAAAUGGGACGGGACAUAGUUCAGAAGGAAUCACUUAUAGAGCCAGGGAAACGAAGCAGGUUGUGGAUCUAUGAUGACAUAUAUCAUGUAUUAACACAUAAAUCAGGGACAGAAAAGGUUCAAGGUUUGAUUCUAGAUUUGUCUAAAUCAGAAGAGAUACAUAUCCACACCGAGGCAUUCGCUAACAUGAAAAAUUUAAGAUUGCUCAUAGUUUGUAAUGCAAGCCUUUCUAAAGUCACCGAAUGCCAUCAUACAAGAAACUCGUUUCUAAGAAUUGGUGCUCACUCUAAUGGGUUUGAAGAACUAAGUCAUAAUAAAAUUCACCUUUCAGGGGAUUUCAGAUUUAUUUCUAAUGAGCUGAGGUGUUUCUAUUGGCAUGGCUACCCUCUAAAAUCUUUGCCAUCAAGCUUUUAUCCCAAGAACUUGCUUGAACUUGACAUGUCAUACAGCCAUAUUAAACAACUAUGGGAUGGGAAGAAGUUUCUAACGAAGUUGGAAUUCAUCGAUUUAAGUUACUCCAAAAGCUUGAUUAAAACGCCAAACUUUGAUGGAGUUCCAAAUCUUAAGAGUCUGAUUCUUGAAAGCUGUACUAGUUUGAUUGAAGUCCAUUCAUCCAUUGGUAGUCUUAAGAAACUUACUUUUUUAUGCCUCAAAGGAUGCAAAAGUCUCAAAAACAUUCCAAGUGAUCUUAGGUUGGAAUCUCUUGAGAUUCUUAUUCUAUCUGAUUGCUCAAAUUUUGUGAAGUUCCCAAUGGUAGCACAAAAAAUGGAACAUCUAUCAACUCUUUAUUUGGAUGGGACUGCUCUUAGAGAUCUACCCUCAUCAAUUGAGCAUCUAGUUGGACUUGUUUUGUUGGAUUUGACAAACUGCAAAAACCUAACAAGCCUUCCGAACAGUUUAUGCAAUAUAAAUUUUCUAAGAGUUCUUAUUCUAAGUGGUUGCUUAAAACUUGAGGAUUUGCCGGAGAACUUGGGGCUAUUAAAGAAUUUGGAAACGCUUGAUGUAGGUGGAACUUCUAUAAAAGAACUACCAAACUCUUUUGAGCACAUGGAGAACCUUAAUGAAUUAUCCUUUCGAGCAUGUAAAGGACCGCCACCCAAAUUUUGGCAGUCAACUUUGUGGUUCCUUAGCUCAACAGAGUUCCAAGGAUUAAAGUUACCUACUUUCUUAGGUUUCCAUAAUUUAGAACAUCUCGAUCUUAGCUUUUGCAAUCUACAGGAAGAAGCAAUCCCCAGCAAUCUUGGCUCCUUAUCCUCAUUGACCAAUUUAGGUUUGCGAAACAAUGAUUUCAUCAGCCUACCCUCAAGCAUCACUCUACUCUCUAAGCUACAGAAUCUAAACUUGAGCUAUUGCACUCACCUUCAAUCAUUACCAGAGCUUCCAGGAAGUAUUAGUUAUAUGAAUGCUCAAAAUUGUAUAUCACUGAAUACUUUCUCAGGUGCUUCAUCUAGUCAAGUACGAGGUGGAAGAUCCUUCUUCCUGACAAAUUGCUUUAAAAUGGCUGAAGAGCAAGGGAAGAACGGUAGAAUACUAGAACUACUAAAAAGUGAACUUCAGUUAUUGUUACAAAGACAGCGUCAGGGUCUCUCACGUCGACCAGUUCAAAUUGACUUUUUACUUCCUGUAAGUGAUAUACCAAGCUGGUUUAGCCAUCAAACUUCAGAAUCUUCACUCACCAUCCACCUUCCUCCUUGCGGCCUGUCUACUGCUAAGUUAAUGGGAUUGGCUGUUUGUGUUAAUUUUACGGUUCAUAACCAUCUAGCCAAAGAAAAUGCUCAUUGGCUCGAUAUUUAUAUUCAAUUAAAUGAAGGGAAACGUGGGUGUGCUUUCAACACUGAAUUUUAUGAUGGAACAUUCAUAGAGUCAGAUCAUCUUUGGCUAUCCUAUGGUUCAUGUCAGCAUAUUAUCAAAGACUGGGUUGACACUGGUGGCUAUAUUAAGGUUUCGUACAUACAUGAUAGUCAAGGCCUAGAGGUGAAAGCAUUCGGAGCUCGGUUAAUAUUCGAUGCAACUAGAGAUGUAGAAGAAAUUGAUGAGCUACCUAAUAGUCCAACAGCUUUGCCGGAAUUGAAUGUAUCUUCAAAAAGCAUUACAGAAACUAGGAUAAUAGACUAUGUUUGCAAAUUUCUUUCUUGCUUUGGACUUGGUUGUUUCUCAACUAGAUAACCCGAUAUGCAAAGAACGUAGAGCAGUCGAGACCUUGUAUCAUAAAUUGAUGUAACAUUAAUAACAAACAACUAUCUAUCAAAUCUAUUCUAACAAA